CCCCUCGCAAGCCUUCCCUCCUGUCGGACACGUGAUGCAAGGGCGGCCGCCCGGCGUCGUGUGAACGCGUCUCCCCGCGGGUGCAGGAGAGGGGCUGCUUGCUUCUCUCGGGCGUGACGCGGCGGCUGGAGGAGGAGGAGAAGGAGAAAAAGGAGGUGGAGAAAAAAAGAAGAGGAGGAAAAGGAGGUGGAGAAAAAGGAGGAAGAGGAGAAAAAGGAGAAAAAGAAGGAGGAGGAGGAAAAAGAGGAGGAGGAAAAGGAGAAAAAGAAAGAGGAAAAGGAGGAGGAGGAAAAGAAGGUGGAGAAAACGAAGGAGGAGGAAAAAGAGGAGGAGGAAAAGGAGGAGGAGGAAAAGGAGGUGGAGAAAAAAAAGGAGGAGGAGAAAAAGGAAAAGGAGGAGGAGGCAGCGCAGUAGCAUCAGCUGCAGCAUUCAGCCUGUUCCGCGGACCGAGCAGCCCGGAGCCCCACAGGCGUCGGCAGGAGAGGGAAGGAAGGAAGGAAGGAAGGAAGGAAGGCAGGCAGGCAGGCGCCGGCAGAGACCCGGGCAGCUGCAGCCUCUCCGGGGGAAGCGACCGGCCGGCCGGCCCAGCACCAGCGCUCCGCAGCCGGGAAACGAUCCGCGCAACCCCGACGGAUCCUCGCCCGUCUCGUCCCGUUCCUGCAGCCGGGCUAUUCCCCGUUUCUGCCCGGCGUCCGGCCCGGCCGAGGGGCCGCGACCAUGGGCGACAAAGGCACCAGAGUGUUCAAGAAAGCCAGUCCCAAUGCCAAGCUCACCGUUUACCUGGGCAAGAGAGAUUUCGUCGACCACAUAGAUCUCGUCGACCCAGUUGAUGGUGUCGUCUUGGUGGAUCCGGAAUACUUAAAAGAGCGGAAAGUUUUCGUGACGUUGACCUGCGCUUUCCGCUACGGCCGGGAGGAUCUGGACGUCCUGGGCCUCACCUUCCGCAAAGACCUCUUCGUCUCCAAUGUCCAGGCUUUCCCUCCAGUGGCCGAAGAGAAGAAGCCCCUGACGAGGCUGCAGGAACGGCUGGUGAAGAAGCUGGGGGAGCAGGCGUACCCCUUUACUUUUGAGAUUCCUCCCAAUCUCCCCUGCUCCGUGACGCUGCAGCCCGGCCCAGAGGACACUGGGAAGGCUUGCGGGGUGGACUACGAGGUCAAAGCCUUCUGCGCGGAGAAUUUGGAGGAGAAGAUUCACAAGAGGAACUCCGUGCGCCUGGUCAUCCGGAAAGUCCAGUAUGCACCCGAGCGGCCCGGCCCGCAGCCCAUGGCCGAGACCACCCGGCAGUUCCUCAUGUCUGACAAGCCCCUCCAUUUAGAAGCGUCACUGGAUAAAGAGAUCUACUAUCAUGGAGAACCCAUCAACGUUAACGUCCACGUGACAAACAACACCAACAAGAUGGUCAAGAAGAUUAAAAUCUCAGUUCGCCAGUAUGCCGACAUCUGCCUGUUCAACACUGCCCAGUAUAAAUGCCCGGUGGCCGUAGAGGAAACUGACGAUGUGGUGGCCCCCAGCUCGACCUUCUGCAAAGUCUACACCUUGACCCCUUUCCUGGCCAACAACCGGGAAAAACGCGGACUGGCUUUGGACGGGAAACUGAAACACGAAGACACCAAUUUGGCUUCCAGCACCCUGUUGAGAGAAGGCGCCAACAAGGAAGUUUUGGGGAUUAUUGUCUCCUACAAAGUGAAAGCCAAGCUGGUGGUGUCUCGAGGCGGCUUGCUGGGAGAUCUUGCCUCCAGCGACGUAGCUGUGGAGCUGCCGUUCACUCUGAUGCAUCCCAAACCCAAGGAAGAGUUGUUGCACCGAGAAGUGCCCGAAAAUGAAGCUCCUAUCGACACAAAUCUCAUAGAACUUGACACGAAUGACGAUGACAUCGUCUUCGAAGAUUUCGCCCGGCAGAGACUCAAAUGCAUGAAGGAUGAGGAAGAGGAGGCCGACGGGACCAACUCGCCGCAGCUCAACGACAGAUAAACUGCCCGCCUUCCUCCCCCUGUUUCCACUCCCAGCACUCCCCCCUACUCUUUUCUAUAAGUUUUUUGAAGUUGCGUUGUUUUUAACACAUUGGCUGGGAACCUGCAAAGGGUGGGUGGGGAGGGCGCGGAUGCAAUCCACCCUCCUGCAAAAGCUAGCCUGGGUUCAAGGCCCCCGUCCGGUCUGAAUAUUGCAGACGGGGUGUGUGUGUGUGUUGUGUCUAAGAAGGGAGCUGCGUUGUUUGAGCCACGCUUAGGGCAUGUUUGGGCGUGCAUGUGUGCCUGUGUGUGUGCUGGGAGGGGGUGAUUGUAUCAGGACUCAGGGGCGUCCUUGGUUGCUCCCUGAGCUUGGUGUUUUCGUGACCCAACUAGGGAACAUCAUCAGUGCAAGAAGGGAGGACGAGGAAGAGGAGGACCAUGGGGUCCUUGGCGCUCUCUGAGUUUGGUAGUUUUCUUGCAAACGUUUCGUGACAUAACUAGCUAACAUCAUCAUCAUUAAAGAGUAGGGUUGGAGGAGGAGGAGGAGGAGGAGGAGGAGGAGAUGGAUUGUAGGGUCCUUGGUGCUCUCUGAGCUUGAUAGUUUUCUUGUUUCAUGACCCAACUAGCUAACAUCAUCAGUGCCAGAAGGGAGUGGGGCUUAGGAGGAGGAGGAGGAAGAGGAGGACUGCUGGAUCCUGUAGGGUUCCCUGCCUAAGCAGGGGGUUGGACUAGAAGACCUCCAAGGUCCCUUCCAACUCUGUUAUUCUGUUUUCCCAAUGGGAGAAAAACAAACGUAAACAGAAUAUAUAAUAAUAUAGCUAAUCCUUGGUGCUCUCUGAGCUUGGUUGUUUUCUUGCAGGCGUUUCGUGACCCAACUAGGUAAUAUCAUCAGUGCUAGAAGGGAGUUGGGUUUGCUCUCUGUUUAUCUACCAUGACUUGCACAGUAUUGGUGGGAGUGUUGGUUUCUUGUGAAGUCCUUGGCUCUUUUAGAGCUUUUAGACGUUUCGUGACCACGUUAGGUAACAUUAUCAGUGCCAUUAAAGUACCAGUAGAUGAGAAUGCACUGAUGAUGUUACCUAGUUGGGUCAUGAAACAUCUGCAAGAAGACCACUAAGUUCAGAGAGCAUAAGGACCCCACAGUCGUCCUCUUCCUCCUCCCCUUCUCCUUCACUUCCACUCACGUACCCUUUUUCCCUUCUAGCACUGAUGAUGUUAUCUACUUGGGUCGUGAAACGUCUGCAAGAAAACAACCCAGCUCAGAGGAGCAUCGAGGACUCCUCGUUUCAAUCCUGAGCUGCAAAUGUUCCCCUUUAUUGGUGACACGCCUCUGAUUUACGUGGGAGGAAAGCCUGCAUGCAGCAGAGCGAGUGUUCCUCCUCCUUCGUAAAACCCGAACUCAGGACCGGCUGCUAGGAGAGGCCAACGGGAAGGAAUUUUUUUCAUCCUUGCUGAACUUUCCUUGGGGAACUUUAAAAAAACGUAGAUCCAAUCCGUUACAGGUAGUCCUCGCCUCGCGACCACAGCUGAGCCCAAAAUUUCCAUCGCUUAGCGAGACGUUAAGUGAGUUUCGCCCCGUUUUACAACAUUCCUUGCCGCAGUCGUUAAGUGAAUCACUGCCGCUCUUAAGUCAGUC